UCCGCAUAGUGAGUGACCCUCAUGCUUUCCGUGUUCCCUUUGCCCUCUCCGGUGUCCGGACAUGCGGUCGCCGGGCUUCUUACUCCGUUCCGUACUCCGCAGGUGGAAAUCCUACAAAUAUCGUUUUGUGCCGUGGGUCGCGCUAAACAUGGCCCGAAACCGCAGGACCUUGCGUUAUGUGUCUGAAGGAUGCGCUGACAAAGUGAUUCCCGAUACGGACGUUUAUUCAGCACUGCUCAAGCUAUUUCGGGCUCUAUUCAUAUACAAUAUCCGUCAACAAACUGACCUCCUUAAUGUGCUCCCCGAAGCAACGAAAUCAAUUUAUCAGCCUCCUGUGAUGGAAAAUCUCAAGCCUUUCGCACGCGCCGAGGAUAGCGAGACCCUCCUGAAGUCAGAUGAAAUACUUUAUGAUAACCUGGGAUUCUGUGUUGUACGCCGGCCAAGUUCUCUAAAUGCUGCUGGGACGGGAGUGUUUGUUUCCAGAGGGCUUGUGAGAGAAGGAGCAGUGGUGUCGAUGUACCCCGGUACUGUGUAUCAGAAGUAUGAACCUAUCUUCUUUCAGUCAAUUGGGAACCCGUUUAUUUUUAGGUGCCUUGAUGGCAUUCUGAUUGAUGGAAAUGACAAAGGGAUCUCUAAGUCUGUGUACAGGUCUUGCAGUAGAAGAGAUCAGCUUGGUCCUCUGAAAUUGUGCGAUACCUCCUGGCUUACAGCCAGUCUCUAUAAUCCUUUGGCUGUUGGACAAUAUAUUAACAACUGUUCAAAUGAAUGUGCUGCUAAUGUGUGCUAUCAGGAAUUUGAUGUACCUCAAUGUUUCCCAGUUGAACUACGACAGUAUAUUCCAAACAUCAAUUACUCUCACAAUUCAGAAGGAUUGUUAAGAUGUGUCGUGCUAGUAGCAAUCAGGGACAUUGAUUGUGGAGAGGAACUUUUUUCAAACUAUUUCACACUUGUUCGAUAGUUGUUGACCAUUUGAUUUUUUUAUUGUUGAUAAGAAUUAUGAUUUUGGAUACUUUCAUUGUCAGAAUUAACUAGUUUGCUUUACCAACCUUGUCGGAUAUUUAAAGUUCAGCAAACCAUAUGAAAACAA